UUGUUGCGAUCCUGACUCGUCGUUCCCUCGGCUGACACUCCUCCAUUCCACUGCUGAACAAGUUCUCUGUUCUGUUGUCUCAGUUCAAAUAAAGGAGUGAACAUUGCCGUUGUUAACAUGUGGACAUUUUUGUAUACGUUUGAAUCGUGAGGACGUAUGGAGACGGUUCGAGGUGACAACUGGCGGAGACGCACGAGGAGCGCGCGAGCCUACCUCAAACAAUCAACCGGGGCAGCGGCUGACGAGUCCAAUGUGCUCCGGAGUCUGAGCGUUGGCAACACGGAAGACGGCCAUGACAUAGAGGAGGACAUUGGCCUCUUCAAGCAAGACAAUUUGGAGCGCCGGGUCAUGGCGCCCCGCUACAGUCUGCUGCGGGAGGUGGGAAGGGGCACUUACGGCGUGGUGUACGAAGCGGUGGCCCGGAAGUCCGGGGCGAAAGUUGCCGUGAAGAAACUGCGAUGCGACGCUCCGGAAAACGUGGAGCUCGCCUUGCAGGAGUUCUGGGCUCUGGCGAGUCUGGAGAAACGGCAUCAAAAUGUGGUGCAGCUGGAGGAGUGCGUGCUGCAGAGGAACGGUAUGGCUCAAAAAAUGAGUCAUGGGAACAAGCGGUCCAAACAGUACCUGCGUCUGGUGGAGACUUCACUGAAAGGUGAGCGAGUGCUUGGUCCCCCAGAGGAGCCCUGUUACCUCUGGUUCAUCAUGGAGUUCUGCGAGGGCGGCGACCUCAACCAGUUCAUUCUGUCUCGGCGGCCCGACCAGCGAACCAACAACAGCUUCAUGCUCCAGCUGACCAGCGCCGUUGCUUUCCUUCACAAAAACAACGUUGUCCACAGAGACCUGAAACCCGACAACAUCCUCAUCUCGGAGAAGUCGGGCAUGCCGGUUAUCAAGGUGGCUGACUUUGGCCUGAGUAAAGUCUGCGCUGGGAUAGGAAACCCCAAAGAGGGCGAAGACAAGAGCAAGAAUGUGAACGUGAACAAGUUUUGGUUGUCGUCGGCGUGCGGCUCAGACUUCUACAUGGCUCCCGAGGUGUGGGAGGGCCACUACACGGCCAAGGCUGACAUAUUUGCCCUGGGCAUCAUCAUCUGGGCCAUGUUGGAGAGAAUCACUUUCAUUGAUGCCGAGUCUAAGCGGGAGCUGUUGGGUUCUUACGUGAGACAAGGAGUGGACAUUGUGCCGGUGGGCGAGGCACUGCUAGAUAAUCCAAAGAUGGUGCUGAACAUCCCACAGAAGCGCAGGUCAUGCAUGUCGGAGGGAGUGAAGAAGCUGCUGCAGGACAUGCUCGCCGUCAACCCUCAGAACCGGCCCGACGCCUUUGAGCUGCAGGCCAGAAUGGACCAGGUCAUGUGUGCUGCAUAACCCGCUGCCAGAGGGCUUCACAGACUGGUGUUUCUACCGGGAGCUGCUACACCAGUGAGGGUCCGAGACUGAGAGGACAAAGGAGAAGCAAAGGAAACGCAUCGCUCCUGAAGUUUGGACGCCGAAAUGGAAUUUUUUGUUUUCUUUUGAAAACGUUUACAAUGAGUUCAUCUGCCAAUUCUGACAGAGCGUUUGUCUCGCCCUGAAUAUUACAAUAACGCGAGAAACCUUUUGUCUGCUGCUUAUUGGGGAGCUUGAUUUUACUGAGGGGUGAUGGUGACGCUGCUCAACAAACCUACAUUUAAGCUAAUGUGCAGCAUCGGUUCAUUGUGUGUUCACAGGGGUGGUCAUCUCCAUGUGGCAGGCGUUCUUCUAAUAUUUAAUAAAACACUGACGUUAGAUACACACUGCUAAUGGAAACCUCUUGCUUCAUGUGGUAGAGUUUCUCUUAUUCUGUCUAGAACUUCAGUGAAGUGUGGACCUUUAUGUGAGAAGUGUUCCUUUGUUGACAGUUCAGAUUGUGUUGGCCAGGCUGACCUGUCAGGUGGCACAUUUCCUGUCGAAUGCCUGUCACAUCUUGUAAACAACACUGUCACCACCUUUUGCUGUUGUGGUUUCACUCUGUCCACACAUCUGUUGGUUUACACUACAUGGGAGUCAUGGGUAGUUUUUAGGACAGAGUGGGUGAUGUGUGUAAAAUCUUCUGUCCUGGUAUAUGUGACUUUUUUUGUUGCAAUAUUGAGAUGAACCAUAAAUAUUUAGUCAUUUUUCAAUAAAUUUCAUUGAGACUGUUUUGGCUAAUCUAGUGAGUUAAAGAGGAACUAAACCCUCGACGUUUAGAGGAAGUGCUUCUAGCAUGAACAUCAGAAACCUGUGUCGUUGCUUAUGUUGUCGGUUCGUUUAGACUCAUUCGCAGCACGUUCUGUCUACUUGGAAUUAGCUAAUUUACACACGUGGAAUCCGUGUUAAUUGUUUAUUACCUGGCGAUAGCGAUGUACUUUCCCACACCGUAACAACUAUGUGAAUGAAGCUUUUAGUUACAUUUUCCUCAUUUAGCGUCUGGCUAGCUCGUUUGCUAAUUCCACCAUAUUUUUAUGCAAUACGUCACCUGCCUCCAGAUCAAUUAUAACACAAUAUGUAGAAUUCAAAUACUUGGCUCUAAAACCCUAAAUAUCCAUAUGCAUUGGUUUCCAGCUGAACAAAGUGCUUUGGGGUUUAGUUGCUCUUUACAUACUAAAAACCCUGUGAGUUGAGUACAGUGAUGAGUCAUCAGUGAUGAGUCAUCAGUGAUGAGUCAUCAGUGAUGAGUCCGGCCUGCUCACUGAUUCACAUCUAAAGCUUUUAACAUGACUCCUGAGUGUGAAUGAUCAUGUAGAAUUUGUUGACAAAUUUCUAUACUAUCUCAGUGAAAACCCUUUUAGGAUAAUUCUAAAUAUUUUUGUUUUCCUAAUUGUAUUCAUAUUGUGAUCCCCUCAUAACAUUCAGUGCUCCAACACGCUUCUUCAGUGAUGAAGGGAGCAGCCUGGGAUUCACUCAACUACCCUCAGCUGUUUGUAUCUCCUGGACAUGCUGGACAGAUUAUUUGUUGGCAUGAACACAAAAGCUAUGAAUGUAAAUCCCCGGUCAAAUUAAAGCAAAAUUGUAGUUAAAGAAUUUAUUUAUUUUUGAAUUGGUUUCCUGCUCCUUUUGGUCCGUUAGUAUAUCUGGAGACAUGCCCAGACAUCCCUCUACCCCACCUCUUUGCCUUUGACUAGAAGCAGUGCAGAGAGCAGGUUGUCUGACAGCCUGUCUGUUGAAUAUGACUUGAUGACACGUUGCUCCUUUUGGUUUCCGCUGUAGUCUCGUCGUUCGGACCUCUGGUGCCUUGAAUUUGCUCGUCAGGUAACAUUUGUUUCGAGAUCUGCUGCUGUAUUUCCCUUGAUUUGGCACUCCAAGUACAUUAUUCACGUUCUCGAUGAUUUAGUUCAAUUUCCAAUAUUCCCAUGCGACCAUUUGGAAAAAAUAAAUGAUUUGUACACAGUAUUUUAGAACGGUACUGUUUUUCUGUGGACCAUUUAUUUGUUGAAAUCACGUUUUAAAGGGAACAGAAGAGGAACUGUUUGAACAGGUGUCGCUCAUAAAGGAUCAAAGCUCCUCACGGGUUCUUAACUGCGAUGAAGAGGGUUCGUUUCUUGUCGAGAAACAAUCGCAACUUAAAGUAAGUCAUUCUCAGGCCUUUGUGAGGUGCAGUGGGGCCUGUGGUUGGAAGGGGAAUGUGAAAAGUAACGAGUUUCGAAGCAUGUCGGAACAUUUGUGCAGUGAACCUCAGCUGAAUAUUGUGACUUGGUUGAUAGUUUGACCCUGAAACUAAAAGUCUGAAGUCUGUCAUAUGUCACACUUAACUGGGACCCUGAAUGGAGUUCUCUUUGAUUGCUCUACCUCAUGUUUCUGCACAGUGUCUUUACGGAGUCAUCCUUUUCUUAACAAAGACAUUCCUCAGAGAUGACCUGGCAGGUUCCAAGGGGCCAGCUUUGUAUUUAAUGUCAUCGCAGGUUGUCUUUAGAUUGUGAUCGCAUCGGUUGGGAAUACGUGCCACAGCUUUUGACUUCCAUCUUUGCUGAUGCAUUGUGGGAAAUGGGUUUACAUUCAUCCGGAUGUUUACACACGUUAACACAGGCCAUGAUGUACUUUCAUUGUGUUAAAGCCUCUGUUGUGAAAAGCGUACCUCAGUUGCCCACUUCUGUUUGAUAAUGUGUUGAUAGAGUGUUUGAUUGUACAGGAUAGAAGUGAUAAUCCUGGAGUGUAGAUGAGCUAAUGGUUGUGCUCACACAGAGGUGUUUUGUAUUCUGAUUUCUGAGGAAUUGCUUUUGUUUUACUUCAAUUUCGAGGAAUGUACUUAAAAUAUCAAGAUGUUUAGAAAACCCUCAGUCUUCCUCUGGUUUCCUGUGAUGUUGGAUUGAUGUAACUAGUUCACUUGUGUUUCAUGCAACACUCUUCUAUGCAAGUCAACCUCCGUGGAUCGUCUGAAGAGCACUUGAGGCCAGGCUGAUGGAGUGUUUAGUCCUCCUGACUGUGACGUGCUGUGUUCAGAUGACUUCACCCUUUCUUUCAACAGAAUAUCCAGUCCUUGGUUGUACAUGGAACUGGAGCCAGUUGCUUGAACGAAAACACUUUUGUUUUUUUAUUGCUGACUUUGUACACAUCAGGGCUCCGUUUCAAUAAAGGCUGGAAAUACCUUGAA